AUUGAACUUUAGUGUCGCGUUCCUCCACAUUGGAACUAUAUUUGACAAGUGUAGUAAUACCCUUGCUUAUAUGUACGAAGAUACCCAACAAUGACGCCCGUAAAUUGCUGCGUUUCGUUCUUGUUUACUUCGUUGAUAUUUGCACCCGGCCACUCAUCAUCUAUCAUGACAUGGCCACUUGCUUUCGCCGACCCUGCCUAUGACAUCAUUAAACAAACGGCCGAAGGAGGGAAAGUCGGAUGCAGAAAAGAACUUGGAGAUUCGAAUCAAUAUCUGGGAUACAGCGCCAUCAAGUUUGUUGGAGACAGACGUUCCUACGUUGAUUUAAGAGUCGUGUCAGGUUCUGUAAGUACUUUGGGAGAUUUCGCAUUUGUUCUGACAGUAAAAGCCUGCAGCACUUCCGGUGGAACCGUUUUCCACUAUCAGCAAGAUGCGGGCCCCAUCGUGAACCCUAAGGUAAUCCGGGACAUUGUACUUUGGUGCAACACUACGCACGUCAUUGUCGAUGUGGUGAGUGGAACAGGUGACUCACUUGGGCAAAUUGUUUCAUCAGUGCCAGAUAUGGGUGGAGAUGGAUGGGUCAAUCUCGCUAUCGCGUACGACGAAAGCAAAUCAGAGCUGAAACUCAUGAAAUCCCAAGCCGAUCUGGGUCUUGUGAGACUUUUAGACAGUGGCACCAAUCCUCGCAUUGGUUUGCCAGGAACACUGCGCGUAGGCGGAAGGUUGAACGGGACGUCUAGCCAAGCGUUUGCGGGUCAAGCAAUAUGCUGCGUCAUGUAUGACAAUAAGAUUCCAAAUGGUGACGUCAUGACAGCUGUAGAUGAGUGUAAACCUGGACAAUGGCCCUCAUCGUAUCCUUCCACGCCUGUUUCAGGAUCAACUUCAUGCGAGCAGUUUAAAGGGUACUUCGUUCUAGAAUCACGUAACACGGCUAUGGGCGUUGCCAUGGUGCCCUUAUCAACGACUUCCGUAAUGUCACGUGCAAUGUGUGCGGAUAAGUGUCUACGACUUGAGCAGUGCGCAACGUUUUCUUUUUCGACUUUGGACAAGGUAUGCAAGAUGUACGACGAUGCCAAUAGUGAGAGUCGUGUCUCGAUCAUGGACACUAACGUCUACACGCGCAGGGACAUUUGCUGUUAACC